GACUAAGUGUGAAGCGUUCCACUUUGAACACAUUCGGGCCAUGUUUGUGGAAGGGAAUGAACAAUUAAAGAGAGGGGUAACCUUUGCAAUGAUGCAAGAAGUUUUUAAGUCGGGGGUAGCAGAUGCGAAGUUUCAGACUUCGUAUGUCCUGUUUGUGUUGUCUUCGUUAUUGUGUCCUACCACAAAGGAUGUGGCCUCCACAAAGUUUUACCCAGCCGUGUAUGAUUUAACGAAGAUUUCGUCAUAUGCAUGGCCACAAUUUGUGUUGGAUUGGUUGGUAAAGGAAAUAACUAAGUUUAAGAAGAGAGAUGUGAAGGAGGUUGAUAAUAAGAAGGAUGCCCCCGGCGUGUCUGGCUGUGUGUUGCUCCUACUGCUUAUAUACUUUGACAAAGAGGAGAUGGGAAUGAAUGUUGGUAGGGUUGGUGUUCCAUUGAUUCAGUCUUGGACGACGAAUCUUAUAAUGGAACGAAUUGCGAAAGAGGAGAAUUUGGACUUGGUAGAUCCCAUUUCCGGCCAAUUUCCCGAGCCUCGUUUACUGCAUCCGGAGGCGCAAAAGGCUUUUCAUACCUUGAAGAAAUCAUUUGUUGAACAACUGCAAAAUAUCAUCAUCAUGGACGCUGCCUUUAUAGGUCAAGGUUCUGAAACAACAACCCAAAAAAUUCAUGAAAAAGGGAAGGAUGUGAGCGAGAUGGACAGUCCUUUAGACGAUGAUGGUUGUCACAAAUUUCCGUCAACUUCCACUUCUACUCUGAAUAAGGCAGGUAAAGGCGUUCCCACAGAUGAAAUGGAUGAGGAUAGGAUAAGCUGUUUCAAAAAUGUUCAGAAUGCUCGUGACAUGCCGUUGUACACGCCAGAGCACAUGAUGGAGGAAGUUGUACACACCUCCAUUAUGGAAAAAUGUGGAAGUCAGACGGGGUGUCACAAUUGA